CGCUUCUCUCUCUGCGCGUGCUGCUGCCAGUUCCGUGUCGGCCGCGAGUUUACCAGCCACGCACUGCCUGCACGCGCUCAAUCCACCGCCGGGCUGCAACGAUGUGACUCUCUCUGGCUUUCAGAACCCCCUUUUUCAGUCUCUAUUAACGGCCCAGCACAGAGCGAGGCGAGGGGAUUCGUAACGGGUCACUCUCUCAACAAUAAUGUCUUCAGAUCAGAGUUACAACUGCCUCAAAACAGAGGCAAUGAUGAAAUCAACGUGGCAACCCUGUGUAGGAGCACAGGCAGCACUGUGACUCUAGCUUGUGAUCUCCUUACCUCUGUGACCUUUGAGUCGAGAUGGCGACCCACCGAAAGCACCUGGUCCGAGAUUUCAACCGGCACAUCACCUGCUCAAUUUGCCAUGGAUACCUGAUCAAGCCCACCGCUGUCACGGAAUGCCUGCACACCUUUUGUAAGAGUUGUAUCGUUCAGCACUUUGAGGAGAGUAAUGAGUGUCCAGAAUGUGGGAUACAGGUCCAUGAAACCAACCCUUUAGAGAUGCUGAGGCUAGAUAAGACCCUGGAGGAGAUCAUCUUCAAGCUGGUGCCUGGACUUAGAGAGAAGGAGGAACAACAGGAAAGUGAGUUUUGGAGAAAAAAUAAAAUCAAAGCAAAUGGAGAAGAUGGCCCUAGGGCUAAGAAAGCUCGCCUGAGUGAUGAUGAGGAUGAUGAUGGGAAAGGUGGAGACUACCACAGGAGUGAUCCUCAGAUCGCUGUUUGUCUGGACUGUCUACGUAACAAUGGCCAAUCAGGAGAAAGCAUAGUUAAGGUGCACAGAGGUUUAAUGAAGAAAUUCAUCCGUUGCUCCACCCGUGUUACAGUGGGAACCAUUAAGAAGUUCCUCUGUGUAAAACUGAAGCUGCCAAGCUCUUAUGAGCUUGACGUUUUGUGUAACGGGGAGAUCAUGGGCAAAGACCACACCCUGGAAUUCAUCUACCGCACUCGCUGGAGACUUCAGGGUGACAGCGCUUAUCCCAUGGUUCUUGAAUACCGUCCAAGGAUUGACUUUGGUUAAACAGCACUUGCAACUUUGUGGAAAUCUCAUGCAGACUGAUGUCAAGAGAUGAACAAAAAGCAGAAUAACUGAAUGAUUGUGCCUCCGUUGAAAGACAACAACACAAAGCUCCAUGACUGACAGGACUGCUCGCCUUCCUGUGCACUGCUUCAGCCUCUACUCCUUCAUGUUCCUGUUUGACAGUUGUGGCUCCGCCCACUGGCACUGUAUCAAGUUUGAUGAUUAUAUUCCUCCAAAGCUUUCUCUGCAUGUUGUCUCUAUGGUGACGCCUUAGCGUAGAGCAGCCCAUGGGAUUAUCUGAUCGCAAUCUAGUCCAGACAGUAAGCUAAAACUCGUCUCGGCCAGGUGACAGGAGAGCGGAAAUGGAGACAUUUUUAAAGUCUCGCUACAAGGUAGAUUUUAGAUUGUUUUAUUAGGUGUUUCUAUCCAAGAGUUUGCACUAGAGGCAAAUCCAAAUGUCUCACUGUAGUGUCCCUGUUCUUUCUUACCUUUUACACUCUCUCUCUUUACUUUUAGUUACUUUUCUUUCCUGCUCUCACCGCCCACAUUGUCCCUCAUAAAUUCAGUGACUCUUUUUCAUGUCAUCUCUCUCUCUCUUUCUUUCGCUCACACACACUCACUCUCUCUUUCUCAGCCUCUUUCCAUCUUCCCUCACACUUUCAUUUUUCUCCAAUGGUGUUUUUGGCUCUAGUCUGAGGUAUUGAUGGAUCUCAUUCAGUUGGAAUUGAAUGAGAGCGCUGUAGAUGUCCCAAAAUAACAGCAGUGAAAGGCACUCUGGGUAAGCAUUUUUCCUUCACACUGUGCUAAGGCCAAGUCUUACAUUUACCCAAACCAGAUCUUUUUCUUAAAAGAAAUGAUAUAAUGUUAAUUGAUGCCAGAUAUGCUUAAUGCAUUAAUUCAUUGAAAAUUCUCAUCUGAAUGGGGAAUGAAUGAAGGGUGCCAGCUGCAUCUCUCUAAGUGCAGCUUUGGCUCACAGUUGUAAACAUGCUGUUGUUUCCUGUUUAAUCAGAAAUAUAUUUAAAUGAGAUAUUCCAAUCAAAUCCACCUCAACAGAUGUCUGAAUUUUAAAACACAAUGUCAAUAAUGCACUUUUUACAGUGUAUUUUGAGUGUAAUGCAGCAAAAUAAGGCCAUACUGAUGCAACAAUGUUUGGUGGAUCAACAUGAAGUGCAAAAUGUGUUUUAUUUUAUGUACUUUGUAAACAUUUGUGAAGUCUGGGGGGAAGAGACAUGCAAUAAUGCAUUUGGGUUAAUUCCAAAAAGUGAAAGAGAAGUCAAAAUCUGAUAUUUCUCAAUGUGCUCCUCUACUACGCAGCAUAUAUCAAGUCAUGGACAUGAUUCUGAGGAGAGUUUGAAAUUCAGUCAUAAUGUUUUAAAUAUUAAGAUUGUUUUUUUUGGAGCAUUAGUUCAGAUAAGGUGAUAGGUUAACUUUCUAAGUUUGUUUACAUGACAGUGUAAAUGUUAAUGCAUGUGUAGUGGCCUAUGAUAGGAAUCAUUUAAAAUCACAUUUACAAGUAAGUGAAUGCCAAACUGAAAAAGUUGCCAAACCAAUUUCAUGCACAUUCCCAGAAUGCUUUUUGACAGUUAAGAGUUCAAAACAUGGAACUUUGCCAAUCCAGAUUUUAUUCCUCAAAAAUAUUAUGUGAAGGUACUCAAUGUAGAAAAGGAUUACAUGAAUCAUUACGUGAACCUUUGAUUUGGAUCAUCUCAGGGGGUGAAAACUGGUGAAAUGAGGGUUUGUUCUGUGUCCUCCACUUCAGUGUUGGACUCAAGGAAUCUUAACAAUGGGUGUUAGAAAUUAGUCACUUCAGUGCUGUAAGUCAUUACAGUUAAACAAAUGAAAUAGAAUAUAGAAUAAGAAUGAAUUGCUCAGCAACACUGUUUUAAGUGGAUUGUACCUAUGUGUACCAAUAGUAAAAUUAUAUUUGUCCAAAUGUUUCUUAUGACAAGCUAAAACUUCAUGUUAUACCAACAUGAUCUAUUGUACUGAGUCUUAAAAAUCGUUUGCACUGUCUGUCAGUUCAGUGGAAUUCUUGACGUUGUUGUUUAGGACAAAGGCCACUGGCUGCUCUCCAAAAUCCAAUUUCCUCCCCACUAAGAAAACAUGCAAAUCAAAUAUGAAGUGUCUUUGAGCUCUGAUUAUAAAUACAAUGUAUUUUUGUAUGUUGAAGCACUUAUGUAUAUUUGAACCUAUUAUCAAAAGAUUUUGUCAAUGCUUGUCUUUUUCCUAAUAGAUGAUGCUGCUUGGGGUAAUUUAUUCUUUUUUUUUAUACGUCCCACCGCCUGCUAUGUGUGUUCCCUUUGUAAAUGUUCGCACUGUACAUGAAAACCUACCUAAUGCUGUUCAUUACAUAUUGUUAUUUAAUUAAUGAACAUUAAAAUAUGACAAAAAAUAGUGGAUUUUCUUAGACUAUAUUCCAGAAACAUUUGAUUUUUUCUGUAAACAUUCUGAAAGCUGCCUAUUAUACUUGCAUGACAGUAUAACUAGCCAUUAGAUCUAGGCUUUACAUUACAUACUCAUAUUAAAAUGGCCUUAUGGACUGAGGGCAGCAGACCUUAAAACAGAGAAGCUAAAACCUUUGAAAUUGUUAAAAGCCAUUCUUCAAAACUGCCAUUUCAAGUAUGUGAUGAUGAUAUUAGUGUGUGAGAGUUUAAAUCUGCCAUUGAAAAACAAAGACAGGAAUGUGCCUUCUUUUAGACUGUUUCUAUGCACUGUUCCCUGCUUCUCUCUCUCUUUCUCACUUACUUUUUUUCUCCCUCACUCAUGCACAAGGAAGUGGAAUGUGACAUGCAUUCCUCUUUUAGUCUGUGCAUCACUUGUUCAGCUGCCCUGCCGUUCAUCUUACAAAAGAGAAGGUCAAAAAUACUUCAUAGGGCAAAGGCAACACACACUUGAUCACAAAUAUGUCCAUGCCCAGCAGCAUUUAUUUUGUUGUAGUUAUGAACUUAAGUAGUUCAAAUGUUUGCUGUAGGAUUAUGGAAGAACUAUGUCAGCAAUAAGUUUGUUUGGAUGUUUACAGUACUUUGCAAGUGUUUGCAGAUUUUGUAAACUGUGAAACGAAUCAGUUACCCAGAAUACUUUAAAUGUAAAAUAUACAUAAAGAAACGUUAAUGUAAACACAGACAAAAAUAUAAACGUGUUCAAAACGCACGUUUAUCCCACACAUGUAAAUAAACAAAGAAAGCCUG